AUCCGACAAGUGUCCGAUGGACACAAUACUUUUCUUUGUUGUACGACUAAAUUCUCUCCAGAUUUCGACUUCCUCGAUACUUGUGUUCGCGUUCGCGAGGUAAUAUGAUAAUCGACUAGAUGUGUAUAUCGUGUAUCGAGUGUAUGCGAGAUCGUUUGCAAAAAUAUCCUUGUCCAGCGUGACUCACGCGGCGAACUUCGAAUUUUUCUUGGUAAAAGUGGACCGAGUGACUGACCGGUGUGAAGUGUCUCUCGAAGAAGGGGCAACGAAUGAGAAUAAAAUCGCGAGGCUCGCAAAUUCUCGAAAUCAUGAGAGCGAUCCUUCGUUGCGUCGCAUUCGUCGUGACGAUCGCGGCGGCCGUCGUGUCAGAGCCCAACGACCUGACAAAAUCGCAGGUGAUGAUCUUCAAAUGCUGUCGAUACGGCGAGGAAUUGCGACAAUCGAGCGGCGAUUUGAACGACGACGAAUUGCCGCGCUGCGAGCCUACGUUGAACGAGUGGAAGCCGUUGAUUUACUCGCCGAUGCGUCGAACUUUCGUCUCGAAAGUGCCCUCUGAGUGGCACGUCCUCGACGGCCGAAGACCGGAAUGCGACGAUAGCUCGGAGCUGAUCCACGUGCCCUACCGGAAAGCCAACCCGUUCAUCCUGCUCGACGACGGGAAUGUGGUACUCGAGACCGGAGACAGCGACAGCAUACCCGUGAGCCACUAUUGCGCCGAUUCGAACGCGUUGCUUGUGUGCAGGCAAAAAAGAACAACGGGCUAUCAUGCCGCCGCGACGAUGAGGCCACGGGUACGACGAUGCUGCGGCGAGAACGCCACAUUCCACGAACACAAAAAUACCUGCGUUCAUUUAAAAGAGACCGCGGACGCACCGCCCCUCUUGCCGAACACAUCAUCUGUUGUUGAGAUCGUGGCUGGAUUUCCAGCCUGCCCGAAAUCUGACAACUUCACGAUCCUGGGAGACGCGAGGGAUGCCGUAUUACAACCCGAUGGUGGCCUGGAGAUAAACGGCAUCGUUUUGCCCACCGGUCAGUUUUGUGUCGAGAGAAUCAAGGAGCUCAACCAGAUAGCCAAGGUGUUUGCCUGUCCGGAACAUGCACCACAAAAACCUGCAGUGCGUGCGACGGACAUCAGGUUCACCCUAUAUCCCGUGGGCUUCAUCAUUAGCGCCGUCUUCCUGGCAGCCACCCUGGCAGCAGGUUGGUUGUUACCGGCCUCUCAUCACGUCUUGCACUGGCGCUGCCAGACUCAUCAUGUCGCCUGCUUGAUGAUGGGUGAUAUUCUCAUGGCCAUCAUUCAGCUCGCCGGGGAUUCCCUUCACGGUGCAAGCUGCAAGGCGCUCGCGAUCAUGGCGCAUUUCUUUUUCCUGGCUGCUUUCUUCUGGCUGAAUACGAUGUGCUUUAACAUCUGGUGGACGUUUAGGGAUUUGCGACCGGUUAGCCUGGAGAAAGGUCAGGAGACCCUCAGGCUCAGGAUCUAUGCCUGUUACGCCUGGGGUGGGCCCCUCCUGGUCGCCGGCCUGGCGGCCCUUCUGGACCAUCUCCCGGCUCAACCGCAAUAUACGUUCCUGAGGCCCCGCUUCGGCGAGAAGCAAUGCUGGUUCUACGGUGACAUGGAAAUCUUGGCGUACUUCUUUGGACCGGUCGGAGUGCUCUUGGCUAUAAAUCUUCUGUUUUUCGCCGUAACUGCUCGUGAAUUGACGUGCGGUCUCUGGAAAGGCGAAUUCGUGAAAAGCACCACUGAAAGGGCAACGCUGGGCCGCAUAUGCAUGAAACUGGUGAUCGUGAUGGGUAUCACCUGGGUGGCGGACGUGGUCUCAUGGGCGGUCGGCGGGCCGCAGUACAUCUGGUACUUCACCGACUUAAUAAACGCUUUCCAAGGGGUGCUGAUUUUCGCGACGGUCGGUUGCCAGCCCCAGGUUAGAGCGGCGCUCAAGAGACUCUUCAGCAGAAAUCCGCAGACUAACGCCGGUAGGCAGGGUAACGGUCACAGCACGACCAGUCACGGGAUGCCCAGCAUGGGCGAUAGCGUUACGCAGAAUCCAAGUACCAAAACAGCGCCGUUGGAGACCAUCUGUUAGAAUGGUUUUUUCGCGGAAGGAGUCUGUCCAUCUUUUUCGAAAGUCACACAUAUGCUCAUACAUAUACACAAACACAUACUUCAUUGAAUGACACGAAUUGUCACGUCACUUUAUCGGUACAAGAAUAUGAUUGACAUCACGUUCAUGAACAUAUUAAGUGUGAUAAGGCUUUUUCACCGAGCUAGAUAUGACGCGAGAAAAGUCUUCAUUUUUAUUACACGUUGUAAACGAUACAACAAGGUCUUGUCGUCGUAAUCGAUCGGAGAAUAUUUCUGCAGGAUCGAUUUGGCAACGAAAAAAAUCUCUCGCGUCACAGGUCCAUUGACCUGUAAAGUUUGGACGAUUCCGCUGAAAGUAUCGACAUUUCCCAGACAAUACGCAAGCCCGAAGGAAGUUAGCAUGAUCUCUAAGAUACACCUGAAAGUAUUUAGAACGUAUGUUGAAUGCGUUUCAGGUAUGUUUUGGACUUUCCCGGCCACUUGAGUUCUCGCGAAACGCGAUAGCGUAUAAUCUCGUCAAAUAAUGUAGUAGUAAACGGGGGAGAAAUAACACGAGAGUUUUCUACCCCCUAUCUAGUCGUAAAGUUUCGCUGCAUGGAUACGAAAACACAAAUUUUUUAUUCGAAAUUGUUAUUUAAUUUCAAUGAGAGCUUUAAUGUGACACAGCAUUCGAAAAUGCACGAGAUAAAUCACUUCAACUUCCUGUCACACGCAGGCUAUUCGAUGAAUAUACCAGUCAUUUUAAUUUUCCAUUCGUAACAUAAAUUGUCGGACGAAAUACAAUUGGCGAUAUACGAUAAUAUAUCUGAAAUUAUCUCGAUAAGCUUUUAGGUUGUUUUGUUUGACCGAGGUUAAUCACCUACAACCAUCAGAUUUUACAAAACGAGCGGCGAUACAGUUCGCCUUAAUCACGUCUGAGAAUCUGAGAAAACUGGAUACACACUUGCACUGACAAAGAUAGAUCGCGAAAUUUUGCUGACGAAAGAACGAGAAUGUUAAUUGUCUAUUCCUGUUUUGGUACUAUCGAAACAUCGUGCGAUCCAUCUUUUCUGACAUAAGCAAUUACUCAUUCUACGCAAUAAAACAACUCUUUGGUACACGAAAUCGUUGAUCUCGCGAUAGAUAGAGCAAAUUU